CGGACUGUGGGCUGGGGCGCGCUGAGGUCAGGUCAGGGAGGGCGCAGAGAUUUGCGGCGUCCGCGCUGGCCAGGCCGCCCGCGAGGGAAGGGGCCCGGGGACCUGAGGCGGCUGCGCCCCCUCCGCGCCUUGGAACCCGAGAGGGGAGGGCGUUUGCUCGGCUGUUCAGGCUCUUGGAAGAACAGGGGCUGGGCCCUUCAGAGCAGCCGGCUUGAGUUUGCGGAGCUGAGGUAGAGAAACCCCAUCCCCCCAAAUCCUGUAACUCACACCCCCUCCCCGCCCCUGCCCGGGCUCUGACCCCAGAGAGAGAGGGGCUGGGCUGAGCAGGGCGGGGCGAGGCUUCUCCUGGCUGCUCGAGGAGAAGGAGGCCCCUUUGGGCUCAGCCAGGACUGAACGACUCCACCGUCGCGGGGGGCUGGGGGGGCUCCCCUCCCCCAGUUACUCUCAGGGCAGCUCCUCCCCUCCCCACCCCAGCCAGGGGCCCAGAAGGCGAGGGGAGCGGGCGCCCAGGCCCGCCGUGGGGUGGAGGUGGUAAACUCGCUCCGUGGGGCUGGUACAGUGCUCUCAGCGCUGGGAAGAGAGUGGGGGUCAAGCGGAGGAAUUGAGGAAGCCCUGCCCUGGUGGCUGCAACUAUGUGGGUCCGCUCGUUCUGGCCCGCAGUGCUUUGAUUCCUGGGCUCUCGGGGCUCCCGUCCUCCCUCUGCCCAGGCCCCUUGGGCCCCCGCUCGCCUUCCUGCUCAGUCCGUGGGGGCUGGUAUGUGGCAGGGCGAGCCUGGAGGCCCGAGAGACUAGGCUCAGGUUGAGGUGCGGAGCCUGGACGCGGUUUAAGGGCUGAGCUGUAGCCGGAGUGCCGCCAGAAGGCCUGAGUCUUCUAGCAACCUCCCUUUGCCGAAAUGCAGACAAGGAGGGGCCCUGGCCCCGGAUCCAUCUGUCCUGGAAGCGCUAGCAGCCCCCUGGUGCUUCCGCGGCUGGUGGGCGCGAUGCGCAGGAGAGGGGGCAAAGGCGGCGCGCUUUAAGGCGGGUUAGUUGUGCAGAACCUGCCAGGCCCCUGGGCUUGGUCCGGGCGGCACCCUCCUUCGCGAGGCGAAGGCCCUGCCCACCCCUCCUGGCUGCCGGCUUCUCCCCUGCGGCUCGGGCUCCCCAGCCGCAGGCUCUCGCGGGCCGGCCGGGCGCAGCGCGGAGCGUUUGCCGCUGCGGCCUGGCCGGCGGGCCCCGAAGGGCGCGGGGUCGCGAGCCGGCCUGCGGGGCUUUGUGCCGCUCGCUCCCGGGUGUGCGCGAGGCGCAGAGCAUCCAAAUUGACACCAUAUGUUUUCCUAUUAGAUGCUUCGCGGUCGAAUUCUAGGCGCAUAAUCAUCGCCACUGGGCAAGAGCGCCAGCCGUCCCUGGGGAAGGGACACAAUGAUUGAGGCUUAACCUCUGAAGGGGCGCUUAGAGCCGCGCGUCCUCGCUGCCAUUUCGAUGCUGGCGACGCGGCCUGGCCCGCGUCUCGGGAGCCCCGCCGCGGUGGUGCGCAGGGGCGCGCCGUCUCUGCAGGAGGAGGCGGCAAGGCCAGGGCUAGGCGGCCGCGCAGGCCUGGGUGUUCUCGGCCUGGAAUUGCCCAGGCCGGGCGUGAAGUUUGGGACCCUGUGUCGGCCGCGCCGGUACGGCCUUCUCCUUCCGGGAAGGCUCCCUCUGCCAGAGGCGGCUCCGGGGCUGGAGCGCUGACGGGUCCUGCGAGGCCACGGCGGGCAGCGAGGGGACGGGAGGCGCCGCAGGAAGCGCGGAGCAGGCCUCGCUCUGCUGGAGGAGCGCUGUCUCCGCGAUGUCCCCGCUCGCGCUGGCCCGGCCAGAGCCCAGAUCCUCCAACGCCUGUCACUUCUCAUCGAGUUGAGGCUCCGGCCCCCCUCAGUGAGGGCCCCCUCCGCCCCAAGCCUCGGGCUACCCUGAAAACGCGGCUCCCCUGGAAGGGGAGGCGAGCGCAGUUCAAUCUUGUCUGAGUGAUCUACAAAUAAGGACGGAAAGGGUCGUUUUAUCACGGUCCCGUUUGUCGUGACGAUGCAAUUUCCCGGAGCGGAGCACUGUCACAAAGUGACAAGGCUGCCACAAGCGCCCCGACUGAUCUUUUCAAUUAGCCUUCCAUGCAUGAUCCGGAGCGACUUCCGCCUAUUUCCAGAAAUUAGGCUCAAACUUGACGUGCAGCUAGUUUUAUUUUAAAGACAAAUGUCAGAGAGGCUCAUCAUAUUUUCCCCCCUCUUCUAUAUUUGGAGCUUAUUUAUUGCUAAGAAGCUCAGGCUCCUGGAGUCAAUUUAUCAGAGGCUCCAAGGAGAGGAGAGGAGAGGAGAGGCGAGCAGGGAGCCACGUCUUCUCCUGGAAGGGCUGCUCUCUAGAGUCGGGGCUGCAGGUCACAGCGGAGUGAAUCAACUCGGUGGUGUCUUUGUCAACGGGCGACCACUGCCGGACUCCACCCGGCAGAAGAUCGUAGAGCUAGCGCACAGCGGGGCCCGGCCGUGCGACAUUUCCCGAAUUCUGCAGACCCAUGCAGAUGCAAAAGUCCAAGUGCUGGACAAUCAAAACGUGUCCAACGGAUGUGUGAGUAAAAUUCUGGGCAGGUAUUACGAGACUGGCUCCAUCAGACCCAGGGCAAUCGGUGGUAGUAAACCGAGAGUAGCGACUCCAGAAGUUGUAAGCAAAAUAGCCCAGUAUAAGCGGGAGUGCCCGUCCAUCUUUGCUUGGGAAAUCCGAGACAGAUUACUGUCCGAGGGGGUCUGUACCAACGAUAACAUACCGAGUGUGUCCUCCAUCAACCGAGUUCUCCGCAACCUGGCUAGCGAAAAGCAACAGAUGGGCGCGGACGGCAUGUACGACAAACUGAGGAUGCUCAACGGGCAGGCCGGCAGCUGGGGCGCGCGCCCGGGCUGGUACCCGGGGACGGCGGUGCCGGGGCAGCCCGCGCCAGAUGGCUGCCAGCAACAGGAAGGAGGGGGAGAAAACACCAACUCCAUCAGUUCCAACGGAGAGGAUUCCGAUGAGGCCCAAAUGCGACUCCAGCUAAAGCGGAAGCUGCAGAGAAAUAGAACAUCCUUCACCCAAGAGCAGAUCGAGGCCCUGGAGAAAGAGUUUGAGAGAACCCAUUAUCCAGAUGUGUUUGCCCGAGAAAGACUAGCGGCCAAAAUAGAUCUACCAGAAGCAAGAAUACAGGUGUGGUUUUCUAAUCGAAGGGCCAAAUGGAGAAGAGAAGAGAAACUGAGGAAUCAGAGGAGACAGGCCAGCAACACACCUAGUCAUAUCCCCAUCAGCAGUAGUUUCAGCACCAGUGUCUACCAGCCAAUCCCACAACCCACCACGCCUGUUUCAUCCUUCACCUCUGGCUCCAUGUUGGGCCGAACAGACACAGCCCUCACAAACUCCUACAGCGCUCUGCCGCCCAUGCCCAGCUUCACCAUGGCGAAUAACCUGCCUAUGCAACCCCCGGUCCCCAGCCAGACGUCCUCCUACUCCUGCAUGCUGCCCACCAGCCCUUCGGUGAAUGGGCGGAGUUACGAUGCCUACACACCCCCGCACAUGCAGACACACAUGAACAGUCAGACCAUGGGCACCUCGGGCACCACUUCCACAGGACUCAUUUCCCCUGGUGUGUCAGUUCCAGUUCAAGUUCCUGGAAGUGAACCUGAUAUGUCUCAAUAUUGGCCAAGAUUACAGUAAAAAAAAAAAAGAGAGAGAGAGAGAAAGGAUCUAUCAUGUUAAUUCGGUCAGUGACUAUGUGGACGCAAAGCUGGGCGUUCAGGAAGGAGAAAAAGUGGCUGGCUGGAAGCACUUCAGUUCUGUCCUGUGUUGUACCACCGGGGAGCGGACUUGGAUCAAGGACCUUUGUAUACAGAAGGCACGAUAUCAGUUGGAACAAAUCUUCAUUUUGGUAUCCAAACUUUUAUUCAUUUUGGUGUAUUAUUUGUAAAUGGGCAUUUGUAUGUUAUAAUGAAAAAAAGAACAACGUAGAUUGGAUGGAUGUUUGAUCUGUGUUGGUCAUGAAGUUAUUAAAAAAAAAGGAAACCAUGACCAACAAGCUUUGCCACGAAUUUAAGAGUUUUAUCAAGAUAUAUCGAAUACUUCUACCCAUCUGUUCAUAGUUUAUGGACUGAUGUUCCAAGUUUGUAUCAUUCCUUUGCAUAUAAUUAAACCUGGAACAACAUGCACUAGAUUUAUGUAAGAAAUAUCUGUUGGUUUUCCAAAGGUUGUUAACAGAUGAAGUUUAUGUGCAAAAAAGGGUAACAUAUAAAUUCAAGGAAGAAAAAAGUUGAUAGCUAAAAGGUAGAGUGUGUCUUCGAUAUAAUCCAAUUGUUUUAUGUCAAAUGUAAGUAUUUGUCUUCCCUAGAAAUCCUCAGAAUGAUUUCUAUAAUAAAGUUAAUUUCAUUUAUAUUUGACGAGAAUACUCUAUAGAUGUUUUAUACACACUUUCAUGCAAUCAGCGUUUCUUUUUGGUCAGCAGAAGUUAAUUGUUCUUAGAUAUAGUUGUAUUACUGUUCACAGUCCAAUCAUUUUGUGCAUCUAGAAUUCAUUCCUAAUCAAUUAAAAGUGCUUGCAAGAGUUUUAAACUUAAGUGUUUUGCAGUUGUUCACAACUACAUAUCAAAGUUAACCAUUGUUGAUUGUAAAACCAUGCCAAAGCCUUUGUAUUUCCUUUAUUAUACUGUUUUCUUUUUAACCUUA